AAGCUGCUGCUGCUGCCGCCGUCUGACCCGGGGGGAGCCCGGGAUUAACCCCUCCGUGCCCGGCCGGGGGGGGCUUUCUCAAGCUGGGACCCGCCCCUUGGGCAGCCCCAGGCUCUGCCCGCACUAGCCCCCGGGCCGGAGGCCCCCGGUGAGUGAGAGUCAAAAACUACAUCUCCCAGAAUGCCCCGGGGGCGCUUCUGCCUUCUCCAGCUCAGGCUGCAGAAUGACGUCCAUGUUUCGCUCCAGUUCAUCCCGUCCUCUCCUUGGACAGGGGAGAGAAAUGGCUGCAGAGGAGCCAGUCCAGGGGCCGGUGGCCUUCGAGGAGGUGGCUGUGUAUUUCACCAGGGAAGAAUGGGCUCUGCUGGACCCCACUCAGAGAGCCCUCUACUGGGAUGUCAUGCAGGAGAACUAUGAGACUGUGACCUCACUGGGGUUUCCAGUUUCCCAACCUGAUGUGAUCUCCCAGCUGGAACAAGGGGAAGAGUCAUGGGUUCCAGACCUGCAGGGUUCAGAGGAAAGAGAGAUCCUGAGCGCUCCCUACACAGCAGGUGACGCAAUGGUAUGUGAGAAAGAGGAGCAGAAUUCUCAGCAGGAAAAUGUUGAGCAAGUGGAUAAACACAGAGCAUUAUCGCAAAGAUCAAAAAGGAAUGUGUCCAGGAGUUAUGAGAAGGAAAAAUCCUGUGAGAUUCAGCACAGACCAGAAAGAGAGCAAGGAAACCAGCCAGGAGAGAAAAUGGGUAAAAUUAUUUCCUGUCGGGGAACUCAGAAGAGCGUCAAGGAAACCACAACACAGCAGGAAAUCCUCAUGGGAAAGAGGAAAAAUACAUGCAGUGAGUGUGGAAAAUGCUUCACUCAAAGAUCAGGCCUUUUUCACCAUUGGAGAAUCCACACAGGGGAGAGGCCCUUUGAAUGUAGUGAGUGUGGGAAAACCUUCACUUACAAAUCAAACCUUGUUCAUCAUGAGAGAAUCCACACAGGCGAGAGGCCCUAUGAAUGCCAUGAGUGUGGGAAAAGCUUCACUCAAAGAUCAGGCCUUUUUCACCAUCGGAGAAUCCACACAGGGGAGAGGCCCUAUGAAUGCAAUGAGUGUGGGAAAAGCUUCCCUCACAGGUCAGUCCUUUCUAAACAUCAGAGAAUCCACAAGGGGAAGAGGCCCUAUGAAUGUCGUGAGUGUGGGAAAAGCUUCACUCACAGAUCAGUCCUUUCUAAACAUCAGAGAAUCCACCCAGGGAUGAGGCCCUAUGAAUGCCAUGAGUGUGGGAAAAGCUUCACUGAAAGAUCAGUCCUUUCUCAACAUCAGAGAAUCCACACUGGGGAGAGGCCCUAUGAAUGCCGUGAGUGUGGGAAAAGAUUCAUUACCAGCUCGGCCCUUUCUGAACAUCAGAGAAUCCACACAGGGGAGAGGCCCUUUGAAUGCAGAGAGUGUGGGAAAGCCUUCACUUACAAAUCAAACCUUGUUCAUCAUGAGAGAAUCCACACAGGGGAGAGACCCUACGAAUGCCGUGAGUGUGGGAAAAGUUUCACUAGCAGCUCAGCCCUUUCUAAACAUCAGAGAAUUCACACAGGGGAGAGGCCCUAUGAAUGCCGUGAGUGUGGGAAAAGCUUCACUCACAGCUCUCACCUUACUGGGCAUCAGAGAAUCCACACAGGAGAGAGGCCCUAUGUAUGCAGUGAGUGUGGGAAAACCUUCAAUCACAGCUCACACCUUCUUACCCAUCUCAGAAUCCACACAGGAGAGAGGCCCUAUAAAUGCAGUGAUUGUGGGAAAAACUUCAUUCGCAGCCAGCAGCUUAUUAGCCAUCAGAGAAUGCACACAGGUAUGAGACCCUAUGGAAGCAGUGAUUGUGGGGAAAACCUUGUCUUGCCACUGAGCCCAUGUUAGCCAUCAGAGAAUCUGAAAGGGAGAUCAACACCAUAAAAACCUCUAGGGCUAUCAAUACUUUUUCUUUAAUACUUUUCCUGAUUCCCACAUAGUAACUUUUAAAAGCUGUUUGAACUGUUUGCAGCACCAAUAUCCCUCAGCUUGUCCAGAUGAGGGGCCCAUUUUUGCCUUUUGCAGUUUGAUCUCUUUGAGGUGGGCCCAUUUGUCCUUUCUAUCAACUCCAUUGUCCCAUGAGUAAUUCGAGUCUGCCCUUCCCAUAAGAAACAAGGGAGCAUCAUAUUUAUACCAUUCCUCCUAUUGCAAAGUUAUUGUUAGAGCCACCAAUUAUACAGUUUGUAUCAUUGCCAAUUGUUCUCACGUUGCUCUGGGUUUUGUGCUGAAGAGCCGUUAUAAUGGGAACUUUUCAAAUUCUGUUUAAAUGAAGAGGAGCAGGGGCAAGAAAAAAGUGUCAUUUCAGCCUCUGAUGCUGGAAGGAGUUGUAAAAAGCAACAGAGUCCUGUUGGCAGGCUGAUGUAGCGCUGUCUGCACAGGGGAUUAGAGCUGUGUAACUACGUUGCUCAGCUGUGUCGAUUUUUCACACCCCUGAGCAAUAUAGUUAUACCGAUAAAUGUCUUUAGUGUACACCAGACAGUUUUCUCUUUUGUCUUAUGCAUUUACAUCACUUCUCCCCUACCUCCUCCUACUUUGAAAGAUUUAAAGUGUGAAAAGAGAGGUAUUUUUCCUCAUGAUGCAAACACUCCCACAUAGGAGAUGCCUUCCACCAACACACAUGGCAGAAGAACCAGAGAUAUAUGAACUCACAGAAGUGUUGGGACAAAUCACAACUUGAGCCAAGGUUCAGUUGUUGGCAAUGGGGAUUAAAAGAAAACUAACAUGUAUGACAAGAAUUUGUGAUCUUUGAAUAUAUUAGUUACUAGUGAAAAUGAAAUAAUAGGUGAUGUUUUUGUUUAAAGAGUAAGAGAUUAAUUGUUCUGAAUUAUUUUGGAAAACUGAAAGUUGUCUUAUUUUUCUUUUGUUAUUCAUACAGGAAAUGAUGGCUAAUCUUCAAAAGUGAAUUUGAUUUAAUUUACCCCCUGUAGUGUAAGGAGUUUUGGUAGAAAACCUCACUCCAAAGGUUGGGGUGGGAGAAUAGGUGUUAGAAAGAGUGUAUAAGAGAAUAUUGGGCCUGUAUAGAUUUUAUUUUUUUGUAUUUCAAAUAGAGCAUAUUUUGCUUAGCUUCAAAGUCAAUUUCUAUUAAAAGGAAAACUACUCGAGGGGACAAGUAUAACUUUUUACCCACUUACACUGUAAGGGUCACUGACUUCCCCACUGCUCUAAUUUGCGAGGGAAAGGCAUGACAUCUGUCCUAGGAUGUGUCCAGCAGGUAGGAAAGUUGCAAUCGUCAACCAUCAAUACCAAGGAAAAGGCUGAAGUCCAUUGCCUUUCAUAUCAAAAAGCCUUCUAAAUGCUGGUCUACACUGAAAAGCUAUGUUAACAUAGCCCCAUCUGUCAGGGGUGUGAGAAAUCUGCUCCACUGAGAGAAGUAGUUAAUGUGACCUAAGCCCCAGUGUAGACAGUGUUAAGUUCUCAGAAGAAUACUUCCAGUUUUUGGAGGGUAGACCUAGCCUUAGACAGAUUGAUCCUCUAUGCGAAGCAAGUCAUGACAUCAAUUCCAAUUUUGACCCCUCUCCCUGUAUGUGAGAAAGCUGCUAGUAUGGAGGGCUGAGCAGCUAUCCAAUUGCCUGAGGGAAAAGCUCUUAGUAACCAUCAGUCCAAAGAGUGAGAGAAAUGUUGAGUUCCAACCGUUGUCAUUUUAGUAUUUUAUUGUUCCUCUCUCUAUUUUUUGUUCUGGCCUUUCUAUUACAUCAGGGUGUGACUGUAUAACUCAGUGCAUCUGUGAUAAAAGCUCUUUGAUGCCAAUUGGCAAAGACGUCAAAGUAAUUCACAAGAAACUCCUGUCUCAAACCUGACCAACUCAUCACACCUAAUGCACUGAUUUUUAUGAUAUUUAUCCAGGAAGCAUAUCAGUGAGAUCUCUAGGAGUAACAAUAAUUUACAAGCUUUCAGUAAUCACUGCAAGAGGUGUGUAUGAGUCAUAUUGAAGGUGUAAUGUAAGUAUCUGGAAAAUUAUGCCCAUAUGGUAUUGUCAUGAAAGUGAGUCACCCCCAUCAUAGGUCUUGUUGGGGAUGGCCAUUCAAGUGGGAGGGAAUUGUCACCCCUCCCUUGCUAGCCAGUUAUAUGAUGUGUUGCUCCAUUGUCAACCUUUGCACCAACCCAGAAAAGCCAACGGAAAACUAUCAAAGACAAACUAUAAACAUCAAAACCCUGUGGAAGUGAAAAGGACACUAUGAAAAUGAGGAGAUCGUCCUUUCUGUGAAUAAAGCCAAAAGUCUGAUUCAGUUUAUAACAGGGUGGAGAGAAACACUCUGGGUCCAUUCACCAAGGAGAUCCCUAAUGACCAGUGGUGCUUCAAGAAAGGCAGGGGUAUGGCUCCUAGGGACUAGCAAUCACUACAAUAGACUGUCACCUCACACUUCAAGCUACUUAGAGAGGAAAGGUAACUAUUAAAAAGUGGAGGUUGCAUUUUGUGAUUUUGUUUUGUUGGUAACAGUUGGUUUCCAUCACUCACAUUUGUUUCUGUUUAAAUCCAUCCUUUGUUAAAUACAUUUCCCUUUGUUCGAUAACUGUACUCAAGUGCUGUGUGUUAUACAGUAGCAGUGGUCUACAGUAAAACUGGUAACGUGGGAAAUACCAUUGCUUCGGGCAGAGAGGAUCUGGGAUUUUUCUGAGCCCUGCCUACCUUAGGGGAGGGGAUAGAUCUAAGUUACGCAACUUCAGGUACAUGAAUAACUUAGCUGAAGUCGAUGUACUUAGAUCGACUUACCGUGGUGUCUUCAUCGCGGUGAGUCGUCGGCUGCAGCUCCCCCGUAGACUCUGCCUGUGCCUCUCGCCGAGCUGGAGUACAGCAGUCAACGGGAGAGCGCUCGGGGAUCGAUUUAUUGCAUCUACACUAGACGCGAUAGAUCGACCCCCGCUGGAUCGAUCGCUGCCUGCCGAUUCAGCAGGUAGUAUAGACAUACCCCGAGUAUCUGGUGAUCGGAGCUGGACCCCAGAGGGGGACACAUUGAAGGAACUCAGGGGUUAGGGUGCCUCUAUUGUCAACUGGCAGGGUUGCUGUAGCUCAGAGGCGGGUGCUUGAGUGCCUGACAGGCUGGUGAGUUUGGUCGCUAACAUCCAGCUGCCAAAUGCAAAAGUCCCUUUUACUAGUGGCAGGUGGCAAUAAGGAAACUCACAGCCCUCAGCACCCUGAGAAUGGUCACAAUGUGCAUCUAUGUUGAUCCACCUGUCAGAUCCACACAGGGAAAACACCCUAUAGCAUAGCUCCCUGAAUCAAAAUAGCCCUAAAACUCUGCCCUAUGAAAUCAUGGAACAUGUGCUCUUCCUUCUGUGAAAGCGUGUAAAGAAUCCAAGCGCUGGAGGGUAGGGAUUGGGUCCAAAGUGACCUAGACAAAUUGGAGGAUUGGGCCAAAAGAAGGUUCAACAAGGACGAGUGCAGAGUCCUGCACUUAGGAUGGAAGAGUCCCAUGCACGGCUACAGGCUGGGGACCGACUGGCUAAGCGGCAGUUCUGCAGAAAAAGACCUGGGGAUUACAGUGGAUGCAAAGCUGGAUGAGUCAAUAAAUGUGCCAUUGUUGCCAGGAAGGUUAACAGCAUAUUGGGCAGCAUUAGUAGGAGCAUUGCCAGCAGAUCGAGGGAAGUGAUUAUUCCCCUCUAUUUGGCACUGGUGUGGCCACGUCUGGAGUAUUGCGUCCAGUUUUGGGCCCCCCACUACAGAAAGGAUGUGGGCAGAUUGGAGAGAGUUCAGCGGAGGGCAAUGAAAAUUAUUAGGGGGCCUGGGCAUAUGAUUUAUGAAGAGCGGGUAAGGGAACUAGAGUUAUUUAGUCUGCAGAAGAGAAGACCGAGUUGGGAUUUGAUAGCUGCUUUCAACUACCUGAAGGGGGGUGUAACGAUGCGGUUCUGGCGGGACCCAACUGAGAAUGCCAAUUCAGGACACAUCGCUCAGAGCAGGGCAAUUACAGCCCAAGGCUGGGGUUUUCCACCUCUAAGGCAAACCAAACCAGCCAGACUAAGAGGACUUUGGUCUCACCCUACUGGCUAACCACAAAUCACACAAGCAAUUCCCUUAGGCCUGGUCUACACUACGGGUUUAGGUCGACUUUAGCAGCGUUAAACCAAAUUAAGCCUGGACACGUCCACACAACAAGGCCCUUUCUUUCGACUUAAAGGGCCCUUUAAACCGGUUUCCUUACACCACCUCCGACGAGGGGAUUAGCGAUAAAACCGGCCUUUGCGGGUCGGAAUUGGGGUAGUGUGGACGGAAUUCGAUGUUAUUGGCCUCCGGGAGCUAUCCCACAGUGCUUCAUUGUGACCGCUCUGGACAGCGCUCUCAACUCAGAUGCACUGACCAGGUAGACAGGAAAAGACCGGCGAAGGUUUGAAUUUCAUUUCCUGUUUGCUCAGCGUGGAGAGCACAGGUGACCACGCAGAGCUCAUCAGCACAGGUAACCGUGAUGGAGUCCUCCCAGGAUCGCAAAAGAGCUCCAGCAUGGACCGAACGGGAGGUACGAGAUCUGCUCGCCAUAUGGGGAGAUGAAGCAGUGAUAGCUGAACUCCGUAGCAGUAAAAGAAAUGGAAAAGUAUUAGAAAAGAUCUCCAAGGCCAUGAAGGACCGAGGCCAUAACAGAGACACACAGCAGUGCCGCGUGAAAAUUAAGGAGCUACGGCAAGCCUACCACAAAGCCAGAGAAGCAAACGGAAGAUCCGGGGCAGAGCCGCAAACUUGCCGCUACUACGCGGAGCUGCAUGCGAUCCUAGGCGGUGCAGCCACCACUACCCCAACCGUGUGCUAUGACUCUCUCACUGGAGAAACACACAGGGAAGACGGUUCGGGGAACGAGGAAGAUGACGAUGGAGGUACUGUAGGUAGCUCACAGCAGCAAGGAAGCGGAGAAACUGGUUUCCCCAACAGCCAGGAUAUGUUUGUGACCCUGGACCUGGAACCAGUAACCCCCGAACUCACCCAAGACCCUCAGGGCACACAGGAGACCUCUGCUGCAAAUGUUUCUCCUUCGCAGAGGCUCGUGAACAUUAGAAAGAGAAAACGUAAGACGAGGGACGAGAUGUUCACGGAGCUGCAGAUGUCCGCCCAGGCUGAUAGAGCACAGCAGAAUGCGUGGAGGCAGUCAAUGUCGGAGAUGAGAAAAGCCCAAUAUGAACGAGAGGAGAGGUGGCGGGUUGAAUCGCGGGAAGAACAGAGCAAGUGGCGGGCUGAAGACGAUAGGUGGCGUCAGCUUGCAGACAGACGGCAAGAGGCAAUGCUCCGUCUGCUGGAGCAUCAAACUGAUAUGCUCGAGCGUAUGGUUGAGUUGCAGGAAAGGCAGCAGGAGCAGAGACCGCCGCUACAGCCCCUGUGUAACCAACAGCCCUCCUCCCCAAGUUCCAUAGCCUCCUCACCAAGACGCCCAAGAACACAGUGGGGGGGCCUCCGUCCACCCAGUCACUCCACCCCAGAUGAUCGCCCAAGCAUCAGAAGGCUGGCCUUCAAUAAGAGUUAAAGUUCUAAAAUGCAGUGUGUCCUUUUCCAUCCCUCCUCCCCCACCCAUCCCAGGCUACCUUGGCAAUUAUCCCCCUACCUCUGUAAGGAACUAAUAAAGAAUGCAUGAAUGUG